UCAGUUGACAGCAAGUAGGAGGGAUCUGUGGCGGGGAGGAAAAAAAGACAACACCAGAAAAAAAAAUUAGUAUUUUCCACCUCCCCGAAAUUAAUGGCCAUGAGUUCCUAUAUGGUGAACUCCAAGUACGUGGACCCCAAAUUCCCGCCCUGCGAGGAGUAUCUGCAGAGCGGCUACCUCGGGGAGCAGCAGCCCGGCUCGGACUACUACGGGGCUUCGCAGGGCGCGGACUUCCCGCCCCAGGCGCUCUACCCGCGCCCCGGCUACGGCGAGCAGACCUUCGGCUGCGGCAAUGCCCCCGGCGCGGCGGCGGCGGCCGUGCAGGCGCGGGGUCACGGGCAGCAGCCGCAGCCGCCGCCUCCUGCCUCUUAUUUAUUUAUUUUGUUCUCCUCCCUUCCCUCAGUGAACCCCAACUACACCGGAGGGGAACCCAAGCGUUCCCGAACAGCUUAUACCAGGCAGCAAGUCCUCGAACUGGAGAAGGAGUUCCACUUCAACCGGUACCUGACCAGGCGCCGCCGGAUCGAGAUCGCCCACACUUUGUGUCUCUCCGAGCGCCAGAUCAAAAUCUGGUUCCAGAACCGGAGGAUGAAGUGGAAGAAAGACCACAAGCUGCCCAACACCAAGGGUCGCUCCUCGGGGUCUACCACCGCCUCCAGCCAGCGUUUACAGACGGUCUCUAAGGAGCAUCAGACGGACUUGAUCGCUUUAUAGGAGACGGAGGGGAAAUGGUCCAGUUUCAGCGGGUUGAUUCGGAGCUGAACUACCCUGCGCAGCCAGCCACAGACACGCUCUUUCUCUCUCUCUCUCUUUCACACACACACGCACAGACACACGCACAAAACCUGCAGGCUGCCCAAAGGGAAAUCUGCCUGGACCGGCUACAGACCUCCGAAGUGGCCUCCUCCCGCCCCACCUUCGGGUACCUUGAGAACAGGCCCAAAGGACGCUGUGGACUUCGUAGGGACUGAACAGCACAAGGACCCCUCAAACAAACUGUGCAUCCAGCUGGUGAGGAAACGAUAGAGAUAUAUAGAAAGAAAUAUUUUUAAUAAGACUUUUCCUGUAG